GUGCUUUUCUUGUCUUCUAGUGUGUCCAAUUGUUUCAAGAAGACCCACUUGGCAGCUGAGUCAACUGUCGUCCAGACGGGUGUACGUACUAGAUACGGCGACGGAGAGGCAGAAUGUCUGACUCAGGUUCAGAUGGAGAGGCAGGAGAAAGUUUUGGUCAGGAGGUGCCGCCGCUGGUCCAUCUGCUGAAAGAUAUAUUGGAACGCUAUCCCGAAGGAGGACAGAUUUUGAAGGAGUUGAUACAGAAUGCAGACGAUGCCGGAGCCACUGAAGUGAAAUUUUUGCUUGAUGCAAGGGAGAAUGUUUACGGUACGGAACGUCUGGUGAAGAAAUCACUGAGGAAAUAUCAAGGUCCUGCUCUAUACGCUCAGAACAACGCUGUGUUUCAACGUGAGGACUGGGAUGGCAUUCAGAAACCAUAUCGCAGUGUGAAGAAAGAUGAUCCCAUGAAAGUUGGCAAGUUUGGAAUUGGAUUCAAUUCAAUCUAUCACAUAACAGGUUAG